UCCACUCAUGAGGACGUCAUAUCAGACCGAAGACUGCGCCUAUCCAGCAUGGCUGAAUUGUUGUCUAAACGUGCCAACAGAGCCUUGGAUAUUCCGGAGUUUUUAGUGAGGUAUUUGCUAGAGGUCUCUGCUAAUUCAUACGACCCAACGGACCACCCUAAUGGCAUAGUCAACCUUGGCACAAUUGAAAACAAAACAUGUGAAGACAUAUGGCUGAAAAAGGUGGAGGAAUUGGCCCCUUUAAUUGCCGAGAAAUCAUCAUUGUACUAUUACAAUUUAACGGGCUUCGAAAUACUUCGUCAAAACAUUGGCAAGUUUUUAGCAACGAAGUUUGGACUGCCGGAGCCUCUUGAUCCACAAAAAAUAGUCCUACUUGAUGGAGUCACGGCUGUGCUCAAUGCAAUAGCGCUAUCAAUCGCCGAUGAAGGUGAUGCCAUAUUAUGCCCAAUACCCACCUAUGGACGUAUCCUCAACGACAUAGAGGAGGUAGCCGGCGCUCGUUUCUACAAAGUACCAAUGUUUAAGGAAUGUGGCACUGGAGAUGCCGCCGAGUUGCAAAUAAGUGCUAUUGAAGAGUAUUAUAACAAAGCUGUCGACGAGGGACUCACCGUGAAAGGGGUUAUACUGUGUAAUCCUCAAAAUCCAACAGGAAAGGUUUACAGCAAAGGCGACAUCUUCAGUCUGCUUGAUUUCUGUGCAAGUAAGAAAAUCCAUGCAGUUAUCGACGAAAUAUAUGCUCUGUCGUGUUACGACAAACCGCAAUUCACCAGUGUUCUACAGUGUGAAAUUCCGGAUCCCAGUCGUACUCAUUUCCUGUGGGGAUUCAGUAAGGAUCUUUCGCUUUCAGGCUUUAGAUGUGGGAUGAUAUAUAGUGAAAAUACACGACUACUAGAUUACGUCCGAAAAGUAUCCAUGUUCUGCUCAAUUCCUGCCCCAGUUCAAAUUAUUUUGAAUGCCAUCAUAUCUGACACUGAAUGGCUAGACACGGUUUACUUCCCAACGUACCAAAAGCGACAACGGCAACAUUUUGAAAUCGCAAGUGAUGGUUUAGAAAAGAUAGGGAUACCAUUCUACCGAGGAACCGCCGGGAGCUACAUCUGGAUGAAUCUGACGAAGUACCUACCACACAAAACAAGUGAAGAGGAACUAGCUUUGUUCCAUAAGUUUCUUCAAGGUGGAGUGUACUUGUGUCCUGGUAAAGAAAUGUUCUCCCCUUUCCCCGGAUGGUUUCGUCUCACCUUCACAACGUACAAAGAUCACGUUAAAGAAGGGUUGAAGAGGAUGGAGAAGGUCCUGUCAACCUUGUUGAUUCCUAAAAGCACACUGUAGUUCCCGUGAAUUUAUAUGCAUCAUUAGUCCGAUGAAUUUAGAAAUACUCUGACUGUUCAAACAGUACAUCAAGGAAAAAAUCUAUUUACAACAUGAUGUUUUUUCUGCGGGAAAUGAAUUGCACCUAAGCGAUUGAAUAUUUACCGUUACAAAAUAUGAUCGAAGUCAGUUGAAAUGAGAAUCACUCUAGAUUUACUACUUUGUAACCAAUAUGCAAAAUGAUACACUGAGAACCACUCUGAUCCUUUGAUACAUCAAAUAUAAAAGUCAACUAUCGGAACCACUGUUUCUGUGAAACCCAGUGUAGGUUAAUACACUUUAAAAAACGGUGCUUCUGAAAUAAACUUUGUAUAAAUAUGUACUCUUAGUAUAUAUUUGUUCCUGUGUUACAAUAUGUACAAUAAUAGCUCUCAGA